AUAUCGUUGGUCAAUAAAAGGUUUCAAAGUCCGUAUUCAAACUUCAAUGAGUGGAAGGAAUGUCUGUAUCUAUACCUCCAUAAAUAAGAGUAUGCACGUGUCAUCCUUGAUUGAUUGUACUUCCUAAAGAUCGAGAAAGUGUGCAUUUGGGGGGUUCUGCUCUCUCCAAUUCAACAGUCCAAUGGACAUGAUUUCAACAACACCGACAAUCUCUACGGCUCGGACACUAUAAUAUCAUGGGGGAAAUACCAGCAGGUUACGGCGCAGUGUUGUUCGUCGUCCUCGCUACCCUCAUCUGUGGCGUAGCACGGAGACUACUGAACAAGGCUCUACCAGCAGGGAGUAAUGUCAGACGAUAUGGUGGCGAGAUCAUAGCCACAUUCCAGCUUGUUACAGGGAUGCUGGAAGGUGAUGUCGUCAUGGAGGAGAAUGGUCUGCUAGCCUAUAUGAUCUACCUAUGUUUUUUCUUCGUACUUCUGGGCUUCACAUUCGAUGAUGACUGUACGGCCAAUCUUGGACUCGCCUGGCAAGCUUGGAUCAAGGGGGAGACAGACGGCCUCGACGCAUCCACCACCGCCGUUUUCCAAGUCCUGGGCGGUCAACUUGCUUUCCCUUACGCCAAACGCCUAUGGAGGGCAGCACCAUCAGCUCGCCAUGGUUAUAAAUGGAAGCACAUGAUCCAAGAGCAAUGUGACUCAGCUUUGAGGUCCUCCAUCUUGGGAGGAAUGGCUGCCGAGGCUCUGGCGACUCUUAUCUACUUCUUGGCAAGGAAGUACUUGAUGCCAAAGGGUAGAGCAAAGAGUAUUGCUUUUGAUUCCUUCGUACAAGUUGGUAUAAUUUCAAUAGGUCUUGAAUGGACAGGCAUGAUGUUCAACCCAGCCCUUGCAUCUGCCUUGACAUUCAACUGUCACAACCAUCCAAUGGGAGAGCAUCUAUUGGUAUACUGGGUGGCGCCAUUGGCGACUAUUGCUCUUGUACAUGUACUCACGAAGAAGACGGCCAUAUUGGAUGCAAAGAAGACCGAUUAAGAAGACGGCCAUGUUGGAUGCAAAGAAGACAGAUUAAGAAGACGGCCAUGUUGGAUGCAAAGAAGGCAGAUUAAGAAGACGGCCUUGGAUGCAAAGAAGACGGCCUUGGAUGCAAAGAAGACGGCCUUGGAUGCAAAGAAGACAGAUUAAGAAGACGGCCACAUUGGAUGCAAAGAAGACAGAUUAAGAAGAUUGCCAUAUUGGAUGCAAAGAAGACAGAUUGAGAAGACUGCCAUGUUGGAUGCAAAGAAGACAGAUUGAACAAGGGAUGUGUCUCUAGAUGGGGCGGAGCAAGGGGAGUAAAGGGGUGUGAACUAUUAUACGAAUAUAUUAUUCUUUAGAAUUAAAGAUGCGGUUAAUAACAAAUUAAAUGUAAAAUAGUAUUAUUGGACAAAUUCAA